GAAUCAUGUCCUUUCUGACUCUUGACCUUACAUCAGGGUCUGCUUUUAAUACUUAAAAUCUAGGAAAUUAGAUUGACAAAUGUUGCAGGUUAUCAGAAGUCACUGGGGACUUUGCUCAAGACAACCCUUUGCUCUUUUUUCACCCUCACCCUUUUCUUUUCCCCCAAAUCCACCUAUAUAUCUCAUUAGUUUCUAGCUGUGUAAUUCUACUUACUGAUACAUCAGCAUUUGCAAAAUAAUAUUAGCAGUAUUUGUCACAAAAUAAAUACUACUGGGAAAUUUCCUUCUGUGUUUACCGUCGAACCUUUUGUAAGCAACCACUCAAAAUGCGCAGACUUGGUGGACGCUUACGAGCUGUGGUCAUUUUACAAGAAUCAAACCAGCGGGGGUCACUUUUGAGAAGAGGUCCUUAGCCAUGAAACACGGUUGUUGUCACUUACAGGAGGUGGUCAUUUAAAAGAGGUUCCAAUUCUAAGGCUAGACUGGGAAUAUUUUGGUGUUUUGGAUAAGUGGUCGCUUAUGGGAGGUGGUCACUCAUGAAGGUUCGCCUGUAAUUGUCUUUUGAUAGAGUAUACUUUAAAGAGUUUUAAGAAAAUUAUGAUAUACAUGUAAUUUGGCUUUUACCAAACUCUAUUUUGUAGUAUUAACUGAGGCAUGCCAUCCAAAAUAGUGGUUGCCCUACAGUAGCCUUGCACCUGUUGAAUAAAAUCUCUAAUUUCAUCAGACCCCCUUAUGUUGCAGCCUUUUUGUUUUAGAGCUAGUUUCUAUUGUUAACUUUGUCCAUUGACUGUUUUUUCAAUCAACCUUGGGAGACCUUAGCUGCAAGGUACCUGGUGCCCACACAAGUCAAGUUAGAGAUCAAUUACUACUGACAGAAGUGUACAUGUAUUGAGCACAUUAUGAUGCGCAGUGUCUGACAACUGUUUGCUUUGUUUCAGGUGGGCAUGUGUACAACGUGUGCAAUCCUUCUUCAUGAAAUUCCACAUGAGGUAAUACAGCUGUGUGGCACAGUUUAAAAAUGGGCAGGGCUGUCACUAAGAUUUUAAUUUUUUUAGUAUAUGCAUGAAAUUAGUAUGUAGGAAUUGAAGAGCUAAAAAGGGCUCUAUAGUAUUGGUCCUAUUUUCCAUUUGUUUCCUAUGAAAGGAUCCAGAGGUGACUUGUUAACUGGGGAAAAUACCCAGUUCCCAGCCUUUAGCGACAGCCCUGAUGGUUGUGAAUGAGUUGGUUAUUGUUCAAACAAAAGUAUUAAGGGUAGAAUUAGAAUAAUCUUUUUAUAAAUAUGAUGUACUAAUAAUUAUUUAAAGAAAUAUGCACAUUGUGGAUCAUGUUGUUGCAAAUGCCUUUUACUGCUGGCCCACUGCUUGGCAGCCAACCUAAUGAUGACAAUGAUGACUGCUACUCUUCGUACCCCUCUGUCAAAGGGCUAGUGGCUGAAUUGUCAGUUUUUUAUGAAUGUCUUUACAGUGAAAAAAUUUCCUGUGAGUUACAUUAAUGUCAUCUGCUUUGUUGUUUUCUUUGUAAAUUGCAGAUUGGUGACUUUGCUAUUCUUUUGAAAUCUGGAUUUAGAAGAUGGGAUGCUGCAGUGGGACAAGUAUGUUUUAAUUUUUUCAAAAAAAUCUAAGGUAUAACCUAAGCUGAAGAUAUUACAUGUUUCUUCAUAAUCUGUACUUUACAUUGUCUUGUUACAUUAGAUGGUAACUGCCUCAGCUGGUCUUUGUGGAGCUGUCUUUGGUCUCAUAGCGGAACAUGCAGGUAAUUUCUGUUCUCCUAAUUUAUUCCUUGUUGUGGGAAUGUGCUCUCGAAUUAUUCUUGAUUUCUGUGUAUACAAUGACUCCAUGUCUUUUCUAGUCUUUGAGACUGUGAUAUCCUGUUCAAUUUUCUUUCUAUGAAAUUUGUCAAAGUUUUUACUGUGUUAGCAUUACUAAAUGUACCAAAGGUACUUACUGUACUUACUCAAUUAAAUGAGGCCGGAUUUAUUUCAAGGAUAAUUGCAUUUUUUUUUCAGUUUUCUUAAAUCAAUCACUGACAACAAUUGUCAUUGAUAAAUCAAGGUGUUUUAAAGUUUUUGCUUGUCUUGAUUGUGUAGAUUACUGAGUUACAAGUACUAGGUUUUUUUUAUUUUUGUAGAAGUUGCACACCCGGCUCACGCCUGCGGGCCAAUUUUGCCUGAUUACUGGACCCACUCAGACCCAUGUAAGGAGCGAAAACCAGUGUAAAAUGAAUAAAGGUCCCAUUUGUAAUGACAUUUCCUCGGGAAUCUUCGGAAAUGAUCGUGUCGUCUUCAAAAAUCCCAGCACUUCCAGGAUAAAAAGUCUAUUUCAGGGUGUUGUUUAGUGGAGUAAAGGUCCCAUUUGUAAAAUAAUAUUUGUAUGGUUUUGAGUAAAAAUGGUUUUGAAAAUUUUAGAAUUUAAAUCAGUUCAAAUCAAUGUGUUUUCUUUCUCAAUUCAGGAGAUUCAACAGCUUGGGUGCUUCCGUUUACAUCAGGAGGAUUUAUCUACAUUGCAUUGGUGACUAUCGUUCCAGAACUUCUACAGGAGACAAGACCAAGGUACUUUUUGAGCCAUGUACUUUAACUUCGUUGACAGGCUAAGACCAAGGGGCAACGUUUGUUUCCUGCACAUUAACAGCAGUCACAGGCCCAGCCACAAUUUUCUUAACAAUUUGUCCCUCUAAAAGCUGAUCAGACUGUCACCACCAAAGUGGACACUUGAAGAACUUAAAUGUAAGACAAUUAUUGCAUGCUUGGAAUUGGGGCCCGUCCUUCGCUAAGGCCACGUCAAUACAAAUCCAGAUAUUUUUGAAACUGCAUUUUUUUUACAAAAAUUGUUCUUCCAUCCACACGUAACCAGUGAAUCCGCUCACGGAAAUUACAUCUUUUUGAAACUGCUCUUUUAGAGCUGUCAAAGCCCCUGUCCACACAAAUUUGGGUAGCAAAAUAUGAGGUUUUCAAAAUGUCUGGAUUCAUUGACACUGUCAGGGUUCACACAGUCUUGAAAAGUCCUUGAAUUUUAGGGGAAGUCCUUGAAGAUUCCCUGAACUCCAUUUUUCCUUGAAAAGUCCUGAAAUUUCUGUGCAAGCCUUGAAACGUCCUUAAAUUUUCUUCAACUUUAAAUGUAGUGGCCUUGAAAGUGUUUUUUGAUGCUCUUUGGUUGUCCAUGACAGAAUAUAAAUCAUAGCUUGAGCAGAGAAAUUAAAGGUUAUUUGCACAAAGUGCUCAGUGUUUUUUGCAAUAAUUAACUAUCAAUUUAAGACAAGUGAACUGAAAAAUGUAGAGAAGUUGGUGAAGCAAACAGUUCAAGCCUUAAAGGCUUAUUAGAAUAGACUGGGAAUGUACAUUUAUAUACCCUCUGUGGAUUAUUAUAUUCCUGGUAGGUGGUCCUUGAAAAUUUAAUGUGGUCCUUGAAAAGUCCUUGAAGAACAGUAUGUUGCAAUUUUCCAUUAUGAACCCUGACUGUGCCUAGGUUUCUGAAAAUGUUGUUUUCUUCAGUAAAGUAUUUUGUUCCUUUCAGGGAGUCUGUGAAGCAAAUGGUGAUGAUGAUAGCUGGGAUUGCCUGCAUGGGACUGGUUUCUUUAAUUCAUUAGUAGUAAAUAUAUUAACCAAAGGAUUAAUAAAUAGGCAGACUUGAAACAACCUUUGUAAUACAUUAAACAAUGAAUUUACCAAAUCACAAACUGGUUAUUUAAGUAAAGCAAUAAAAAAAAUGUAAAUUAUUUUAGCUUUGGCAAGAGGACACUUUUGAGGUGGAACAAUAUAAUUGUAUACGCAGCCCUUUGACUCACAAACAGUACCUAGAAACAGCUGAAAUAGAAAGAAAAAAUUAGGGGAACCCAAUUUGAAUGUUUUGUUAGAAUUGCAAGACUGGUAAAGAAGGGUUCCCUAAGAUCUGACCCGAAAGCCAUUCAGCAGUAAUCUCUUUUGUUGCUUUUCACCAUGCUCUUAAAGGUGGUUCUGACUUGGUUUGUAAACGAGUUAGGCUACUGACUUGCAAACAGAAUGUUCUUUCCAUUGCUUUAUGUUAUUUCGUACUGGGUCAGUGGUUUUGAAUCAAUGGGCAGAGUCCAAAAUUUUGACAUUUUCAAAGGGAAGCAAACCAAAGUGGGCUAUAAAGCUAUUUUUCACUCAGUGUUGUUUUACUUAGUACUCGUCUCAUACAAAUUCUUAUAUUCCAUUUGUUGUAUAACUAACUUACAGACACUCACAUUUCAAACUUGGGCUACCUGUGGUCCCAUUCCCUCUUGGAAAAAUUGUAAGUAUUGUGCUCCGAAAUGCAUGUCACAAAUUGUCAACAUUUUAGUAGAGACAGACUGCAAGCAGUCUUUAUUUUGAUUGUUCAUUCCCCAUUCUUAUGAAUUAACCAUAUCGCUUGAUUGAUAAUUAUGGUUGUACGGUUACUUUGCUGCUUUCUGGGAAUCCUUCAUUUUCUCUUGUCUGUUUUGAAAUAUGUAAUUUAUAAAGUUCCUUAUGUUGGAUAUGCAAUAUUUUAGUAUUUCGUUUGGGAUUAGAAGUGUAUUUUUUGAAGUGCAACUAAUGAUAAUUUUAUUAAUGGGGUAAAAAGAAAGCAAAGUUAACCUUAAAGUAAUUGUACUUUUUUCCCACCCUCUAGGGAAUCUACCAUCUGACAGAUAAUGUAACAUUUUAUUACGUUUGAAAAUGUGGACAGAGUGCGAACGAGCUCUCUUGUCAAAGGAGGGGAAAACCAAUCUGUCAGAAGAGAAAAAUUGAAGGGAGUUCAGAGUUUCAAAAAUUCUCACUUUCAAAACGAGGCUAAGUGCGAAACCUCUCUUGUGAAAAUGAGUUUUAUUUGCAUAAAAGUAAAAAAAAAACAUUUUCAUAUCAAUGGCUUUGUGCGUAGCCUCGCUUUUCAAGAGAGGCUUAAGGCAACUCGAAAGAGUCUUUUCCUUCUGAUCAUCUGCGUUCUUCACAGCAUUUUCCGGAAGAGAGCUUAAUAUAUGGAUCACAGAUUAUUUUGCAGUCGAUCAGAACCAAAUUUAUCUCGGCAGUUUCGAAAGAUUUUAAAAGAAUGUUGGGGGGGCGGGGAAAAUGACUCGGGUGGUUCAACUUGUUACAAGGUGUGUGACUUUGAAAAGGUACUGAUUACCUUGAUUUUGUAAUAGGACACCUAAAUUGAUAUAAACUAUUUAAAAAUAAAUUUUAGGCAGCUAUAGAGCCACGUAUUUUAACACAGAAUUAGAUCUCUGAUGACUUGACAACAAGUCAAGUCUUUGUCAAGCUCGAGUGCAAACCUAUCUAUUUUUUAAACGAAUAGCAGUUAAAUUGUAUAUAAUUUAUUUAGUUGUAGACAACAAAAUUUAUGAAAGAGAUUCUAAAAACAUUAAAGUAACUUUCAGUGUGAUUCUUUCCAACUUCUUCGUACCCA